GGGACAGCGAGAGAUAACGCAGAGAGAUUUAACUUACAUUAACUGAAAAAGUUUCACAAGUACUACAAGUACUUUAUAUUAUGUUUGGCAAACCAGUUAUCAAAAUGAAAAAGUUUAUUUCUUGUUUUACAAGACAAGGUAAGCGUUUAAAUUAAACGUGAACUAUUUCUGUCGCGUAAAAAUAAAACUUUUAAGCAAGCCAGCAAGCGGUCAAUAUUUUAAACAAUAUAUUGAAUAUAAUUGAAAAUAUGCAAAAUUAAGCUAAGCUUUAUUUAUUAAUAUGGAUAUGCCUACUAUAAAGCACGCCCCCGCCCAGCCAAUUUAUUUAUUAAGAUUUAUUAGACUUCAUUUUCAUCCAUAACGUUAUUAAAGUAAUCAAGUUAUUUUUAAUUUAAAAAAACAAUUUUUUUUGGUUUGUUUUUUGUUUCUUGAAGGGUCAUUUAAAAAUAUUAGAACAACGUUUAAGAGCAUAAAAGUCAAUAAAAUAAAAAUUAAAUAGGCCUAAACUAUAUUAGUCGAUGUCCUAUGAACACGUUCUACUAAUGUAUGUUUUAAACCUUUAAUCUGCCAAAGAGAUUGGCUCAUUCUGAUGAGGCUACUUCCGUUUUAGGCCAACUAGUAGUUGCCGAUAUAAUUAAAAAAGAGAUAAGUGUGCUCAAUUAGCAUACAUCAUUGAAAGAAAAAAAAAGGGGUAGGGGGUGGGGGGAGUGUUUGUGGUGAGAGAGAGUGUGAGAGAGAGAGAGAGAGAGAGAGAGAGAGAGAGAGAGAGAGAGAGAGAGAGAGAUUUUUUGGCGAAGUAUUAGCUCAACAAAUGACUAGUACGAGGUGCAGCUAUUGAGAAAUGGACAUUUUUUAUUGUUUCUCGCAGCCAAGAGAGUGGGAGAGAGAGAGAGAGAGAGAGAGAGAGAGAGAGAGAGAGAGAGAGAGAGAGAGAUUUUUUGGCGAAGUAUUAGCUCAACAAAUGACCAUUACGAGGUGCAGCUAUUUAGAAAUGGACAUUUUUUCUUGUUUCUCGCAGCCAGCCAAGAAAAGGUUCAAGGAAAACCUCGAAGAAAGCUGGUGAUAGUUGGGGACGGCGCCUGCGGUAAGACCUCCCUGGUGACCAGAAUGUCCACUGGCGACUACGUGGACAUCGGGUACGUCCCGACCGUGUUUGAAAAUCAACUUCUGGACGUAAACACGGGCAGUGAGACCGUGGAGCUUGUUAUAUUUGAUACUGCAGGUAAGAUCUUUUGUCCUUAGGAACAUUGUGUCAGUAAAAAAAAAAUUAAUAAUAUUGAGUAUAUAACAGGGGUGGGCAAAGUGCGGCCGUGGGGAACCUGUUUUUAAGAAAUGUCAAAAAUUGUGAAAGAUUAUUUGUAAAAGACUUUGAAAAUGUAUCAUCACCACGUGACACUGACAAACUGUAAGGCCUAAUAAUAAUCACAUAAAAUUUAACAAUAAUUCAAUUGUUUAUUUGCCUACUGAAAUCAGAAUACAUUUUCGCAAACCGUCUUUAAUGACAUACAGUAUAUGCCGUGCAUAAAUAAUUAUCCCGCGGCCUGCCCAAAAAUAAAUAAUUUCUAUGUGACACGGUUAGCAAAAAGGUUGGCCACUGCCCGUUGUCCACCAACCAGCUCCUCCAAGUACUUAUGUUUAGUAGGCCUACAUCCAGAACAACAUUCUAAUACAGUGCUUUCCAAACUUUUCACAUGGGCGACACACUAUCUAGAAAUGGGGGACACACUAUCUAGACAUGGGCGACCCACUAAUCUAGACAAAGAUCAUUUUGGUUGAACAGUAUGUUGGUUUUACUGGUUUAAAAUGGGGGGGGGGGAAGAUAAACUAACCUAUUUUAAGACAUACAGACCCACACAUAAAUAAUUCUAUUUUCUUAUAUCUUCAGGGCAGGAAGAUUAUGAUCGCCUGAGGCCUUUCUCUUACAACGACGUAGAUAUUGCCCUAAUCUGUUUCUCCCUGGCCGAUGCUGACACACUGUUAAAUGUCAUGUCUAACUGGGCCCCGGAAAUUCGUUACUUCUGCGGGAACGCCCCCGUAAUUCUAGUGGGCAACAAAAAAGAUUUGCGAGAUGCCGAGCUUUCCGCAAACAAAGCCUCCGCCCAUGCCCACGAAUGUCCAGAUGAUGACGACCCUUCUAAAAUUAACCUCAAGCCAAAACCCCAAAGACCCGUGUCAGAGUUCAGAGACUUUUCAAAGUCUGUCUACAAGGUGAGCGCCCCUGUAAAACACAGCGAAGGCGCGCUGAUCGCAGGCAGAAUUGGUGCCGCGGCUUAUUUUGAGACUUCGGCGCUCACGGGUGAGAACGUGGAGGAGCUGCUGCUGGCUGCGACUAAAGCGGCAAUCUUAGGUCCCAAAAAGUCCCAAAAAUUUAAACCUUUUGUGUCGACUAUGAAAAGUUGGAAAUCUUUAGGAGAACUGGUGAACUGAACGAAACAAAAGAUACUAUUUGGGCAUUCAUUUAUGUCAUCCUCGCUGCUGCACACUGGCAUUGCGUGAGUGACAUUUACAACUUGUGGAGAUUUGAGACAGGGGAAUCCUAAGCAAGGUAUUUGCAAGACUUGAAGAAUAUUGCAUACAAAGAAGUGGUUUUACGUUACAACAAAUGGUACCAGUCUGCGUUAA